UAGGUAUAUAUAAGUAAAGGAGUCGUGAGCCGAGAGCAGAAACUGAAUGAAAGCCACAAGAGACGGUCAACCUGCACGUGUCCUUAGAGUAACCACUGCGGCUUAAAGUUUCGGCACAAGCUUUCUUAUGAAGACAACGGUGUAGUCAAUAUGCCUAAAAGUAUAAGUAACAAAUGAGUGGUUGCAGUUAGAUAUAAGGUGGAAGCAACCGGUAAUAUAUCCGAAAUUGAUACUUUUGGAUAAUUGAAUAGACUAUAACAGAAUUAAACGUAUUGAUUCAAAAUGAAAGAAGAGUGGAGGAAGUACGAUCCAACUGGAAAGUUAUUUCCCAAAGGAAAUGGACAAUCGUCAGUGCCAAUACUGAUAGAAUUUCCUUGCGAUUUAUACGAUCAAUCACGUAAUUCUUAUUAUAAAAAGUUGCGGUCGGUGAUUAAAAUAUUGGGCCUGUUAACCCUCUUAAUAUUUAUAAGUUGGAUGUCAAUAACUGUAUAUAAUAACUAUGCACCAAAAUUAACAUCCACAAAUGAUGCUACUUUAGAUACGUUUUCAGAGUUAUAUGAUUCAUAUACUACAUAUAAUUCCUAUACGGAGGACCAAAGUGUAAGAUCAACGAAUAUGACCGUAUUGCAGAUGUCUAGUACAGAGGAAAAAAGUAACUAAGAUUUCAAAGAAUUAGCUAAGAUCAAGGAUAAUGUAUCCACUGAUAAGCCCGGCGAAGUUGAAAAUCAAUUUAUGAAAAAAUUAGACGAAGUGUGGACAAAAUUACUUAAUGAUACGAAAAAUGAAAGCGAAAGAAAUAUGCCUGAAACGUUGACUAACGAUGAUAUCACGUCUGAAAAUGAGAAUAAAAGCGAGUCUACAGACGUCCAAGAAAGCAAUAAAGCAUCUGUAGAAACCCCAGUAACAAAUAUUUCUACAGAGAGUCAAUCAGAAGUUAACAAUGAUGACGAAUUAUCAGAAGAAAAUUAUUCAGAGUACGUUGAUGAAGACAGCGAUGAAUCGGCCGCGGAAAAAUGGAGGCCAACCAUGCUGCAGGUGUCUAGUUCAGAAGAAGAAAGUAUCAAAGAUGUCAAAGAAUCAGUUGAGAUUAAGGAUAAUGUAUCCGUUAAAAAGCGCGGCGAAGUUGAAAAUCAAUUUAUGAAAAAAUUAGAAGUGUGGACAAAAUUACUUAAUGAUACGAAAAAUGAAAGCGAAAGAAAUAUGCCUGAAACGUUGACUGACGAUGACAUCACCCAAGAAAGCACUAAAUCAUCUGUAGAAACUCCAGUUACAAAUAUUUCGACAGAGAAUCAAUCAGAGAAUAAACUUGGAGACGGAUUAUCCGAAGAAAAUCGUUCAUAGUGCAUUGAUAAAUACAUUAGUGAUGAUUCAGAUACAUAUAACCAAAUGAAUCCCAUAAAUCAGAUCUUACGUAUAAUAAUGGAACAGAAAAUUAAAUGAUUCGAAAAAUGGACAGAAUUAUAAUUCGCAUCAGAUAUAAAGCCUACAUCAAAAGUCAAGUGCAGAGUAAAAUACAAAUCUAGUUUCAGAAGACUUAUCACAAAAUGUUAAAUACGAAAAGCGAAUUAAUGAGGUGUUGACUGGAUACAAUCAUUCAGUCAUUAAGUUUAGACUUUCAAUAAUUAAGUUUAGCAAUUAAUGCGGAAUCGUAUCGAAAAUCAGGAAGUAGAUAUCACUAAGAAAAAAUAAAGUUAGAGUUACUUGAUAGCACAAAGUGGUAUUAAUCAGAAUAGUCUCUGGCUGACACAAUCGGAGAGUCUACUAGCCAGAGCCGAAGUAUACAAUUAGACAACAUAACUUCUAAAUAUACCUACGCUGCCUUACUUGUUAAUAGCAUUAUGAUCCUAGUUAAAUGUAUUUUAUUUGAUUAUAUUAUCAAUAUUCUUAAUAAUUUUCUAGUUGACGAAAACUAGAUAUGCGAUAGCAUAAGUUCGAAAAGUCUUCUACUCUGGCCUAUGGAUUUUAUUUGUUACUGGCUACCAGACCUACUCCAGCUAAGGCUACUGGACAUGCUUACUUGAGAAACUCCGGUAAUAGCUACCGGACUCUUCAGUAACCCUAACUUUAUUUUUUCCUCAGUGAUACGGAGGAAACUUAAAAACAAAAAACAUGUUUGGAAUACUGUGAUAUAAACUUUCAGCACGUAGUCAGAAAUAAAUGUUAAUAAUGUUAUUGUAAUUCGAUCGAUUUGAUAAAUUAUAGAAGAAAUCAACGGUUGACACAGAGAAGGGACUUAGCGCCGUGAAUUAACUUCAGGUCUAAAGAAAUCGAGUACAGAAUCGCAUAAAAGUUUUGUUUAAAAGUAAGAUUAGGUUAGAUAUGGGUAAAUUACUUACUUAGAAGAUAAAAAUACAAUCAAUAAAGAUAAGUUUAUAAGAACAUUUGUUGCUAGAAACAAAGUGAGAAAAUACAAACGUAGAUAAAUCGCCUAAAAUAUUGUUUAGAGGUAAUAUCAGGCACUAUGUAUAAAACAAAGCAUGAGCUAAAUAAUGUAUUCUCAGAUAUAAAUAAACUAUCAUUGCAUUACUUUUAUUACUCA